GGCCGCGGGAGCGCCGGGGGCCGCCCCUCUGCGGCGGGCGCGGAGAGCAAGCGGGGACCGGCGGGCGGUGGCGCCGCGGACACGUGCAGGAUGUCCUUCAAGAAGGAAACUCCACUUGCCAAUGCUGCAUUCUGGGCAGCAAAGAGGGGGAACCUGGCCCUGCUGAAACUGCUGUUAAACAGUGGCCGUGUGGACGUGGACUGCAGAGACAGUCAUGGCACCACCCUUCUCAUGGUUGCCUCCUAUGCUGGCCACAUAGACUGUGUGAGGGAGCUGGUCCUUCAGGGAGCAGACAUCAACCUCCAGAGAGAGUCAGGUACAACUGCCCUGUUCUUCGCUGCCCAGCAAGGCCACAAUGAUGUUGUGAGAUUUCUCUUUGGAUUCGGAGCAUCCACUGAAUGUCGGACUAAAGAUGGGGGCACUGCCCUGUUGGCUGCUAGUCAGUAUGGACACGUGCCAGUGGUGGAGACCCUGCUGAAACACGGAGCCAACAUCCAUGACCAACUUUAUGACGGAGCCACUGCCCUUUUCCUGGCUGCCCAAGGUGGUUACUUGGAUGUCAUCAGACUACUACUGUCUUCAGGAGCAAAAGUCAACCAGCCAAGGCAGGAUGGAACCGCGCCACUGUGGAUUGCGUCCCAGAUGGGCCACAGCGAGGUGGUGCGGGUGAUGCUGCUGCGGGGAGCUGACCGUGACUCUGCUCGCAACGACGGUACGACAGCAUUGCUGAAAGCGGCCAACAAAGGGUAUAACGACGUCAUAGAGGAGCUGCUCAAAUUCUCUCCCACUCUUGGUAUUUUGAAGAAUGGGACCUCGGCUCUCCACGCGGCAGUGCUCAGCGGGAAUGUUAAAACAGUUGCCCUGCUCCUGGAAGCAGGGGCAGAUCCAGCCUUGAGAAACAAGGCCAAUGAGCUUCCAGCAGAACUAACCAAAAAUGAACGAAUACUGCACCUCCUGAGACAGAAAGAAGGACCUGGGAAGAAUGAACUUGGAUCCAUCUUAGAUAGAUAGGAACUUAGCCACAGUGUCCAGAAAGAAAUGGUUUUUAACAAUGUUGGAAAUGAAGAGUGUCUGCCCUGUGGGUUUGCACAUUGUGCAUUCGCCCAGGAAGAGCUCAAGGUCCACCUCCAUUAUGUACAGUGGGCUUCUCACACUGCCCUGUAACUUGGCCCUCAGGGACAUGGGUAGUCACAGAUUCCACAGAAACUUAUCUACAACUAUGCUAAGGUAAACCCCUAAGUUUAACUUCAUGUUGGACAUGGUUUUAGUGCUAAAAAAGGAAACAAAAGCUUCAUUCUUUAAGAGUCAGAGGUGGCCCUUCAAUGAAGCAGUACAUGUUUACUUUUGUGUUUAAUGUAGCUAUGCUAAAAUGCAAUGUGUUUAAUGUAGCUGUGCUAAAAUACAAUGCCUUCAUCAUAGUUUCAUUUGUCCAUUCACUGUAAAGUAUUUUCUACCACCCAAA